AUGGGAGUCACCCAACCGGAAGGGAUGAACGAAGAUCCAUGCUACCAAGGAAUGCACGACAGAAUGAUCUAUCAGACUACCCCCCGAGGGAUGACCCAACAGAAUGUGCUGAGAGCGAAUGCAGUAGCAGACCCAGUAAGACAGGAUGACCCGGUAGUAUCCCCCUCUCCUAUAGAACAAGUACUGGCCAAGAGACUGGCCGACGUCAAGGCAGUGAUGAGAUGCAUUCCAAGAAUGCCGGUCCCAACCAAGAAGAGCAAGCCCCAUUGUUACGCGGAUUCACCCUUCGUGGACGAGAUCGCCCUAGCCGACUUGCCACAGAAGUUCACUAUCCCCAACAUGAAAAUGUACAAUGGCACAACCGAUCCGGACGAUCACAUAGCCUCGUAUAAGCAACGGAUGUUCACCGUCUCGAAACCCCGACCGCUUAGGGAAGCCUGCAUGUGCAAAAGUUUCGGUUCGAGCUUAUCCGACCCAGCACUACAAUGGUGCACGAACCUCCCGAAUGGAUCCAUCGAUUCGUUCGCUCAACUCACCGACACGUUUGUGGAACAGUUCGCCAGCAGCAAGAAACUCGAGAAGCUGUCAGCCGACUUGUAUAGAGUAUACCAGAGAAGGGGCAAGCCAUUGAGAGAAUAUAUCAGUAGGUUUAACAGAGAGAAGAUUUCCAUCCCAGCAUGCAACCCUGAGACAACCGUAGAUGCCUUCAGGAAGGGUCUCCUCCUGGACGGAGAGCUAUACAAAGAACUUACAAAGCUGGGAUGUACAGCAAUGGAAGACGCCCUGGUCUGGGCAGUGAUCCAAAUAAGGUGGGAGGAGGAUGAGAUAAACCGAACGAUUCACUCUAGAUAUGAACCAAGGCGGAGCGAUAGGAAGCUAGAGCCUGGACUGAUAGACACCGCUACCACCCUCCAACACGUCGUAGCAAUAAUAAAAGGAUUAGGAUCCACCGUCAAGUGCCCUGGAAAGCUCCAUCCCGAGGCAAGGAGAGACACAACCAAGUGGUGCAAGUUUCACAACAACCAUGGGCACAACACCGUAGACUGUAUUGCCUUACGACUCGAGGUUGCCGCACUUUUGAAAAGGGGACAUCUCCGUGAUCUGCUUACUGACAAGGGGAAGAACACCAUUAGCCAGAAAAGCUCCAAAGAACCGUUACCCCCUCCGUGGAAACCCACACUGAAAGGUUUUUGUUCGCUCAUCUUCGGAGGAUCAGAGAUCAGCGGGGUAAGUUACUCAUUGGCCAAGCGGUAUGCUAGAGCCAACCACCACCAUGAAGUCCAGUCCAUCCAUCCGAUCUCGCGGUCACACUCUCAUCAGGUAAUUCAGUUUAAAGAUGACGAACCAGUCACACUGGCCGCUCUUUAUCACGACGCUUUAGUCGUAUCCCUGCAGAUUGCCAAUAUCCUAGUGAAAAGGGUGUUCGUAGAUGGAGGUUCGUUAGCAAACAUCUUGUUCCUCGAAGCAGUAAAAGCAAUGGGACUAGAAGAAGCAAACAUCAACAGGCGGCUGACACUGCUGGUUGGGUUCAGCUUGGAGCAGAAAUACACUAUUGGAGAGAUAGUCCUUCCCAUCUAUGCCGGCAGAGUGAACAAACAGACUGUCUUCCUGGUGAUCGACUGUCCAUCUCCUUACAACGUCAUUUUGGGCCGGCCUUGGAUCCACGACAUGUGGGCAGUCCCAUCUACCUUCCACCAGACGAUCAGGUUUCCAACUAAGUGGGGGGUACGAGAGAUCAAGGGCGACCUCAAAGCUUCCAAAGACUGCUACAAGAACGCAUUCAAGAGCAAAUGA